AUGGUUUGCCCUUCUCUGUCUCUUGCCACCCUCUCGUUGGUAGCCCUCGCCGCCGCCAGUCCCAUCAGCACCAAGCCUCGGCAACCCGGCCAUGGCAAGACCCCGGCCAUUCUUCCAAAGCGUUCGCACCCCGAGGUACGAACCAACAAUGGAAAGUCCAUGGAUUCCAAGAUGAUCCCCGGCGUUGGCAACAAUUGGCAAUGCUUCGACCCCGUCGGCACAACUCCUCGCCCGAACCCACUUGACUGUCAAGCCCUCUUCGCUGAAUGGAACGCCAUGGGCAGACUCACGUUGGAGAAGACGGGCGGCUGCGACUUCAAGCAUCAUAGGUCAUGCUUCACGUAUGUCUGCGCCUUGAAAGACACUGUCGAGGUUGACGCCUCGCUGCUUGCUGCCCGAAUGAUGAACCCGAUGCAAACAACGUGCGUCGUCAAUGGAAAGAAUGGAAUUUGGACCAACGACGAAGAAACUCUCAGCAUUGUUUUUGACGAGGACCCGGACGUCGAGAUCCCCGAGGACGCCUUUGAAAAUGGGGACUCUGACGACGGCGACUCUGACGACGGCGACUCUGACGACGGCGACUCUGACGACGGCGACUCUGACGACGGCGACUCUGACGACACUGACGAAAACAACGAGUCUGAUGACAACGACCCUGAUGACAACAACGACUCUGACGACACUGACGAAAACAACGAGUCUGAUGGCAACGACCCUGAUGACAACGAAGGCGAUGCUGACGAGGACUCUGGUGACGAGAACCCAGACGAUGACAACACCAACAACGAGGAUCCUACGGACGAGGAUGGUGACGAUGGUGGCGAUGACGCGGGGUCUGAUGAUGAGAUAUCCUGGCGACGACGGUUCUAG